AACAGAGUUUCACGCAAAUUUCCCGUUCGAAGUAAAAGUUUCAGUGAUUUCGAAUAGAAAACGUUUUUCAUGGCGUAAAAGCUGAACAUUAAACACCCGGAUUGUCCUCUCACCCACCUAUGGAAGCAAAGCUCAGCAGCUACCGAUCGCAGAAACGUCGCCAGGCGAUCCUGAAUAUCUUCAAAGAUCGCCUCUACAAUAUGGUUUCCUUCCAGCAGGUUCGAGUGGACGAAAAAUCAACCCACGUCAUUGUCGAAGCCGAUACCGACCCCCAACCGAGGUCGAAAGAGAACAUCACUCCGGUUCACAAGGCCAAGUCCUCCGGAACGGUGCCGAAAAAACCCCGCCCGGUUUCGGAAUCGGACUCGAUUGUGUCCGUCGGAAGUACCCUGUCUACCGAUUCGGACGAUGAUCAAACUAAACCGGACGCAAUCGCGGCGAAACCGCCCCGUUCCUAUCUGACCUACAUCACGUAUCUGGUCUAUUUCUUUUUCUGGGUCACGCUGUAUGCGAUUGCGAUCGAACUCCGCUUCGGGGUGGUGUUCUUUAUGAUGUCCGCCCUGCUGGGGAUCUACUUCAAUACCCGGACGGAGAAGACACCCGGCGAAAUCAGUGCGUACAGUGUUUUCAACGAGAACUGCGAAUCGAUCGAUGGGACGUUGAAGGCGGAGCAGUUCGAGCGGGAGAUUGGCAUACGGCACUGAACGGAUGGGAAGGUGCCUUGUAGGGCGCCGUGUUUUCUAUUAGGGUAAGUGACUUUUUACGAAAAGAUUUUUAUAUUUUUUUUUUUGGCUAAAGAUGUGAAACAUUCUAUUUAUCUGAAU